CGCCUGCCGUUUUUCUCCCCUCUUAUCGUUAUGUGUAUUUGCUCUUAAUUUUUGAUUGUUUUUUUUAUGUGGAAAUGAAACGAAUUUGCGGCAGCUAUUGACACACAACUUAAGUGGAAACGCAGCUGCACUCAACUGCUGCACUGUCUCCGUCAUGCCACAGCGCUGCCAGUGACAUAGAGUGUAAAAUAGUGACGGAGAGAGAGAGAGAGGUAGAGCCCUCAAAAGUGAAAACGUUCUGGAAAAGCAGCGUGAAAAUCGCAAAGCAGAAAAGACACAGCCCGUGCAAUGUCAACAGAAAGCAAUACGCCCGUGGAUCCGCGUGUCCAGAUUGAGCUGGAGAAAUUGAAUUCUGCAACGGACAACAUCAAUCGAUUCGAAGUGGAGCUCGAUGAGUCGAAGUGCGAGUUCAAGCGUCUGCUUGCGGAGAGCGUGGUGCGCAUCAAGGCGGCCGCCCACAAGCUGGGAAACUCCAUCGAUGCCGCCAAACCGUACUACGAGUCGCGCAUCUAUGCCGCACAGCUGGCCAAGGAGACGCAACAGUCGGCGGUUAAUCACGAGAAGGCCAAGUCCAUUCAUGCCGCCGCCAAGGAAAUGGUGUACUUGGCCGAGCAGGGCCUCGGCGAGAAGUCCACGCUGGACACAGCCUGCCAGGAGAUGCUCAGCCAUGCGGCCAGCAAAGUGAAUCAGUCCCAGCUGGAGGUCACCGACACACGCAAUGCCUUGAAGAUGUGCCAGCUGAAGCUUGAGGUGGCCAACAAUCGGGUGAACAAGCUGCAGGGACAACUCAAGCAGGCGCUACGAGCAUCCAGAUUGCAGCUCAAGCGCAAUUUACUUUUGUUGAGAUACUUUAGCAUUAUGCACGCUCUGCACUGUACCUUGUGUUCGCCCUAUUACGAGACGCGUGCAAACUACAACGGACUGCUGAAGGCGCAGAAGCUGCGGGUGAACGAGCUGGAGGCAAAGGUCAGCGCCGCCAAGCUCACCUACAACGAGGCCCUGAAGAAUCUCGAACAGAUCUCCGAGGACAUCCACCGACAACGACAGCAGCGCAAUAAUCUCCGCAACUACGAGGCCAUGCUGCGGCAGGUGGACGCAGUGGAUGCUCUCUCUGGCGGUGGAAUGCAGAAUGCCAGAGGCAGAGACAGAGACAGGGACGAUGACGAUAACGAUGAUGCGGAUGAGGUGGAUCUGGAGGAGGAGGACUACCUGCGCAUGCCCGAUCGCCUGGGCAGUGCGGGCAGCCCACCGCGUCAGUGUCUGAGCGAUCCGCACGACUGUCCCCAUCUGCUGACAGACUUUGAGGCGGUGCUCACGUUCCCCCAGAAGCUCGCGGGCGGUAUGCACAAAUCCGCCAGCACCAGCGCCACGGACGGAGACACCAAUCUGUUCUCGGUGCAGGCCCAGGGACUCCAUGCCCCCUACGAGGUGAAGCAGCGGUCGGAGUCCGGCAGCGGUUCGCUGGGCGGUUCGGCGUCGGCAUCGGCCUCAGCAUCGGUCUCGGGAGCACCGGGCGACAACGACAUUGAGCAGUGGACGGAGAUCCGGUUGUCCCACUCGGACAGCACCAGUUCCAGCUACUCGAAUCAAUCACUGCUGGAUCAGCACGGACUAGAGGGUGCCGGUGGCUGCGGCGGUGGAGGUGGCGGCGGCCUAGGAUUUGGUCUGGGCCGUGGCGGCGGCUUCGAUCCGGAUGUCCUGUCGCAGCACUCGGGUUCGUCCUCGGACGAGCCCAAGCGAAAGGUGACCUGCACCACGAUAUUCCAGGACGACAGCAGCCACUCCGCCAGCGGCGGCCAGCAGAUGAGCCGCAAGCAGAGCCUCAGCCAAUGGCUGUCCCGCUCGAACAGCUUCAAGAGCAGUGGCCGGAGGCAGAGCCUGGAUCUGUUGAUCGAUGCGGGGGACAAGGUGAAGGAUGUGUUUAGCUACGGUUUUCAGAAGGUGGGCCGCAGCCUGGAGAGACGCAACAGCGAAUCAGAGAUGGCCGCCAGCGAAGCCGGCGGGGCCGAAGCGGAGGCACUGCUGGGUACAACGACGACGGCGACGGCAAUGUCAUCCCUGGGCAGUGCGGGAGGAGGCAUCGGCAUCACUAGUGGAGGAGGCGGUGGAGCCGGUGACUUUUUCCUCUUUAGCAGAUCGUCAGAGCCUAAAGAGUUACUAUCCGAUGAGCAGGUUGAGAAUUUACUAUUAAAUCAUACGGUGGACGAGCACGGUGCUAUAAUAGUGGAAGAACUUAAAUCGCCAACAACUACAACUACUACAACAAGCAUGCAUCACACACACCAACAACAGCAACAACAACAACAACAGCAGAAACAACAUCAUCAAGCGCUGAAUGUGGUGGGAGCUUUGUUGUUCUAAAAAUGAAAUGAAGUUAGUGAGUCUCGCCGACAACGAGAUACCGUUACUAAAACACACAAGAAACAAACUCACUCACACACACACACACACCCACGAACACAAGCAUAUAUUAAAUUAUGGCAAAAUUUUUACUCUAUGAGUAUUUUGGUGGGCAUUGCAUCGACCUGAAAAGAAACGAAAAAACAAUUAGUCAAAAAGUAGUACAUAUCAUCAAUCCCAAAACCAAAUAUAGUGUAGAGGAACCAACCAAACCCCAUGCAGGUACCUUUUACACACACUCACACAGACACAAACUUUGUCCUAAUCCUAACAAAACAAAUGUGCAAUAAUUUUUGUGUUUACUUAGAGGCAUACGAAAAAUAAAAUGGUUACAUUUUAUGCUGUUUACAAUAAGCAAAUAACUAAAACGCUAGUCAAAACAAAACAAAAACGAAAUCAGUUACAAUGUUUUUAGUGUGUAUUAGCUAAACAUUCAGCAGAAGCAUAAGAACAGAGAAAAC